AUGGCCACAACCGCUCCAACACUCCGUGCCCUGGUCAGCGCCUUUACGGACUUCUUGACCGUCGCCAUUCACACCAUUCUCCACGAACGAGCAAUCUACCCCCACACAUCUUUCCUGUCCGCCCGCAAAUACAACUUCGCCGUUCGACAGAAUCGACACCCCAAGGUCUGCGAGUGGAUCAACGAUGCUAUCGCCGCGGUUGAAACGGAACUGCUCAAGGGUGGCGUCGAUAGAGUGGCCGUGGUCAUCUAUGACAAAAGCAGCACCCCGCUUGAACGUUUCAUGUUUGACGUUUCCCGCUUUCCUGCCGUAUCCGCCACCGAGAUAGACACGCCCUUGGAGAGAAUCGGCGCCGAUGGGGAGAAGAUUUCUGUCUUGCCAGUCGUCGACCUAGAAGAGCAGUUCCGCGCUGCAAUGAGCAAGCUCUCGAAUUGCGGAUCUCUACUGAAGCCUUUGCCCAUCGGCUGUACAUUUACUGUCGCCAUCGAACUGAAAGCUGACGGGGAAGCUCCUAUCGCUCAUCCCCAGGCUUGGAUACCCGUGCAGCCUGCCAAUAACUCCCAGGAGGCUCGAGAUGCAACCGGCAAAUUUACGACACCGAUCCGAGCAGUCACCGCCGGCGACAUGGUUUUCGAAACGUGGAUAGAGGAAAUCAAGGGCUGA